AUGGCGAGGCGGACGUGCGCCCCCAAGAAGAAGCUGAGGAGGGGCCUCUGGUCGCCGGAGGAGGAUGACAAGCUCAUCAACCACAUUGCCAAGUAUGGCCACGGCUGCUGGAGCUCCGUCCCCAAGCUAGCAGGUCUAGAGAGGUGUGGGAAGAGCUGCAGGCUGAGGUGGAUCAACUACCUGAGGCCGGGCCUCAAGAGGGGAGCAUUCUCGCAGGAAGAGGAGGACCUCAUCAUCCAUCUCCACUCCAUGAUGGGCAACAAGUGGUCUCAGAUUGCAGGGCAGCUGCCGGGGCGGACGGACAACGAGGUCAAGAACUUCUGGAACUCGUACAUCAAGAAGAAGCUCCGGCAGCGCGGGAUCGACCCGGCCACGCACAAGCCGCUCCCGCUGGCCGCCGAGGUCAGCAGGGGUGGCGCUCCCGGCGCGGGCAGCAGCCGCACGGCAGUGUUCAGGGACGCCGAGCUCAUCCUGUCGUCGACGACGACGGCCGCAGGGCAGCACAUGCCGCCGCCUCCUACAACGGCAGCGGCGGAGAGCUAUGUGUACAGCUACAGCCACAGCAGUGGCGGCGGCGGCGCGAGCGACGGCUCCCUGCAGUCGCUGUCGGAGUACAACAACAGCAGCAAGCAAACAGCUGCAGAUCACUUGGGUGCCGCAGCCGCCGCGGGGUCGUACCUGCAGCAGGAGGACCCAGCAGCCGCCGACGCGCUGCACUGCAGCCCCUCCGGUGUCCCGGCGGUCGUUCUCCCGUCGGUGUCGAGCUCCAGCACGCUGAACUCGAUGGCUGGCCUAAGCCCCGCGGCCACCACCACCACCACCGACGAACAGUGCAACAACAACUGUAGCAGCUGCAACAACGCGUUCGAGCUGAUGUCGACGACGCCGCACAGCCACAGCAACCACCACCUGCCGUGGCUGGAGCUGGGCACGAGCGGCUACGGCGGCGCCGCCUCCGCCGCCGUAGUGGACCACUACGGCGCGGCGCUGGACGAGCUCAAGUGGUCCGACUACUUGUUCGACGGCUACGGCGGCCAGGCGGGACAGAGCAUCUACAGCGACAGCAAGGACGCCGUGCAGUUCGUGGACGCCAACGCGCUCAGCGGCAGCAGUUGGUGCUUGAAUUGA